AUGGAGAUCUCUAGACAAGAAGCUUUCAGCAAGCUCAAACCACCAUGUGUGGAACUAAGCGCUGUCGGCUUACGCUUUCGUGGGAACCAAGCGUCUUCAAAUGAUGUCUUCAAGGCUCUGAAACCCGUUCAUACGGUCCUCAACGAAUUAGGCAGUAAAGAUGCCCUGGACGAAAAGCUGGCGGAAUACGCAUUCUUCCCUCUAUGUCACAUCUUCAACGAGACGCAGAGAACACCAGUCAGCUCUCUGGAACUCGCUGUCAAAUGCCUGCACAUUCUAGUGGAAAGAGGAUGGCGAAGACGUCUGUCUCCACAAAUGGGAAAACAACUUAUGAUCCUACUGACCUUAAUCGUCGGAGGUGCGCCUAGCAAAGCUAACGCAAGCCAACCCACGCAGACGCGGUCAACGGAAUUGUCCAUUGCAGGGUUCAACUGCCUCUCGGCUAUCUUUGAUGUGCUUGAAGGUCCCGUCGCCACUGCGACAAUUUACCAUGAAGUUGGUACUGCCACUGUCGUCGAUCAAACAGUCUAUAUUCUGCUUGAAGGGAUCAGCGACGAGCAGUCUGAUCAGCUUUGCAUUUCGGCAGCCGAGUCACUCAAAGCCCUUUAUGGCCGCAUUACUGACAGGGUAGUACUGGCUAGUAUCAUGCCUCGGACAGUCUCGACCCUGACGAAAGUGAUCAGGCCGACGACACAAACGCGACGCUCGUACAAGCUCCUGAGCCUUUGCCUCCAAGUGCUCACCUACAUGCUGAGAACAGUUUUGAAUGACCGGGUCGCGAAGCUCCCUGAUAGUUCGGUUCAGUCCCAAAAGCCGAACGAUCUGCUCGUGCUUGACGCCUCGUGGCUGAAAGCUACAGCCACGCAGAUCAAACUUGCUCUUGCCAAUAUUAUACAGAUAAGACGCCAUGAAAGACCCGAAGUACAGGCUGCCCUGCGUGAGCUCUGUCUGAUGGUGAUAGAAGAGUGCCAAGCUACUCUGCAGGAGUCACUACCGAUUAUUGUUGAAACUCUGGUCGUGUUGUCUGAAGUGGACGAGAACAGCACACCAAAUGAAGCCUUCUCUGCUCUCACACACCACGCCACAACUUACCCAAUCGUGGUAGAUAACCUCAAGAACUCUCUUCAUACGUGGAUCACUUCAUUCCCAAGGACCAUGCAGGGCAACGACGAGACAGCGAAACAAUGGGCAGUCAAGCAGAUAUCGACUGCUUUCCAAGUACUGUCACAAGUGCAGUCUUACUCGGAUAUCCUGCAAGGCAGCCUGGCGUCUGGAUUAUGCGAUAGUGUUGCGGCAGCUGUGAACCACGCAACAAGUGCACUGCAGCCUCUGACCAUCGAUGCCGCCGAGUCCCAGAACCUGGAAGUUCUGCAGCAUGGAAGUGAAGCAGUCACCUUCGAACCAGUCCUCAUGGAACAUAAAAGCCAACGAGACACACUCCGAGAUCUUCGGAGUAUGAUCAUCCGGCUGAGCUCUUCAGAAUCGGGCAACGGAAUCACUCGUCUGAUCAUCAAUCGCCUCUACCAGGAGCACGGUGACGCUCUCAUCUCACCCAUGUGGCUUUCCUUGAACUUUCUCCGGAGUAAUCUGCAGGCUACAGCAGCCUUCGACGACUUCAUAUCCCUGGACGAACUUGAACCAUCGGGCCAACUUACAGCCAGAACAGGUAUGAUCGAGGAGCUAUACUACAUCUCACUGCCGAUUUUGAACGAGCCACUGGCGGAUGCUUCCCGCGACUGGAGGGUACAGGCCCUUGCGUUAGAGGCAGUUGCACUACAAGCACAGCAACUCGGGGAGGCCUUCCGGCCCGAGUUGAUGGACGCAUUGUACCCGGUUCUUCAGCUACUGGCGUCCAGCAACCCGAAUGUCCAGAGACACGCCAUGACGUGCCUGAACCAGCUCACGAACGCAUGCAACUACGCCGACGCCAGCACGAUGGUAAUCGAGAACGUCGACUACCUCGUGAACUCGGUGGCACUGAAGCUGAACACCUUCGAUGUAUCCCCGUAUCCCCCGCAGGUACUGUUGAUGAUGGUGAAGCUCUGCGGCGCACGGCUCAUACCCUACCUGGACGAUCUAGUCGACGCGAUCUUCGGCAUCUUAGACAUGUACCACGGCUAUCCGAAACUGGUCGAGCUGAUGUUCCGGACGCUGGCCGCGAUCGUCGAAGAAGGAACGCAGAACCGCGCCCAGCUCGCAAUCACCGAAGGGACACAGACCCAAGAAUCCAAACACCGCAAGAAACGAUACGCCAACCUGCAAAUAUCCACUCUCGCGCAAGACUUCGCCCAACGCCGCGCCAAACGAACCAAACUCACGACCGAGCUCCGGGACGACGACGAGGAGGAGGAGGAGGAGGAGGAGGACAACGUCACGGGCCACCCUCGCAAGCCCUGGACGCGCGAGCCCCAGCCCAGCGAGCAGCAGAGGUCACCACCACAAGACGAGACCAGCGAAUUCGACACACUAGCGGACCUAAUGGCGCAAGACGAAACCGACGAACCACUGCCCGCGCCGCAGGAACAGGAGGACAGCGAGAAGCCUGCGAGCAAAACGCACGCGCUGCUCCUGCACAUCGUGCAGUCCAUCCCCUCGUACCUGACCUCACCCUCGCCGUACCUCCGACGAUCACUGCUAGCGAUUUUGAUCGACGUGUCCCCCACGCUCUCGACCCACGAAAACAGCUUCCUCCCCCUGAUCAACGACCUAUGGCCAUCCAUCGCCGCGCGCAUCUGCUUCCCAACCUCGCCGAUCAGCAGCAGUAUCACAGCAACGACCACGAAACCACCCCCAUCAACAAGCCUAACCCUCACAAACACAAACACAAACACAAACACAGAACCAACGGCAGCCCUCGAAGAAGAAACCUACGUAACAACAACAGCCAGCGAAACAAUCCGCACCCUCCUCGAAACAGCAGGCGACUUCCUGUCGUCGCGCAUCGAGCCCGAAUUCCCCCGUUGGGAGCGCCUCUACCGGCAAACAUGGACAAAGGUCCGAGAAGACGCGGAAAGGACCGUGGAACGCCGGUCGCGCCAGCAGCAGCAGCAGCAGCAGCAGCAGGCCUACAAUUCCCCGAACCAGGAACCGCAUCAGCAGGUCGAGACGAAACCAAGCAUCCAACUCACGCAAUCCCUCUCGCUGCAUCCGACGAGCGCACGAGCCUUCACGCCGCACCACGCCGUCUGGCGCAGCUUGCUCCCGCUCUUUAUCGCGCUGCUCACGCACGUGCGGCUGCCGUUGGGGUUCGGGGAUAAGAUAUGCGGGUACGUGGCGGAGUGGGUGGUGUUGUUUGCUGGUGUGGAGGUUUAUGAUCUGUGGGUGGCUGGAGGGGUCACACAGGGUGAGAAGGGGCUGGGGGGUGUUAGUGGUGGUGGGGAUGAUAUCGCGUCUAUCCAGGAGGCGCUGGAGGCGAUGGAGACGUGGAAUGCGGAUCUAACUUGGUUUCUCUUUCAGGAGCACAAGGCUCGGGGGGCGAGAUCAAGGGUGGAGAAGGAGAAGACGACUGUCACCAAGGGUCCUAUGAUUUGCGAGGUGGUUGAGGAGCCGUUGAGGGAGUGGUCGGUCCCGGGGACGAACCUCAAAUUUGCAGAUACGGUGUUUUAG